AUGGCCACCACCGCGCAGUACCUGCCGCGGGGCCCCGGCGGCGGAGCCGGGGGCACAGGACCGCUUAUGCACCCGGACGCCGCGGCGGCAGCUGCGGCGGCGGCGGCCGCCGAGCGGCUGCACGCGGGGGCCGCGUACCGCGAAGUGCAGAAGCUGAUGCACCACGAGUGGCUGGGCGCGGGCGCGGGCCACCCUGUGGGCCUAGCGCACCCCCAGUGGCUACCCACGGGAGGAGGCGGCGGCGGCGACUGGGCCGGGGGCCCGCACCUGGAACACGGCAAGGCGGGCGGCGGCAGUACUGGCCGAGCCGACGACGGCGGCGGCGGCGGAGGAGGUUUCCACGCGCGCCUGGUGCAUCAGGGGGCGGCCCACGCGGGCGCGGCAUGGGCACAGGGCGGCACAGCGCACCACUUGGGCCCGGCCAUGUCGCCGUCCCCAGGAGCUGGCGGGGGCCACCAGCCCCAGCCGCUCGGGCUGUACGCACAGGCGGCCUACCCGGGGGGCGGCGGCGGCGGCCUGGCCGGGAUGCUGGCGGCGGGCGGCGGCGGCGCGGGGCCCGGCCUGCACCACGCGCUGCACGAGGACGGCCACGAGGCGCAGCUGGAGCCGUCGCCUCCGCCGCACCUGGGCGCCCACGGACACGCACACGGACAUGCACACGCGGGCGGCCUGCACGCGGCGGCGGCGCACCUGCACCCAGGCGCGGGCGGCGGUGGCUCGUCGGUGGGCGAGCACUCGGACGAGGACGCGCCCAGUUCGGACGACCUGGAGCAGUUCGCCAAGCAGUUCAAGCAGCGGCGCAUCAAGCUGGGCUUCACGCAGGCCGAUGUGGGGCUGGCGCUGGGCACGCUGUACGGUAACGUGUUCUCGCAGACCACCAUCUGCCGCUUCGAGGCCCUGCAGCUGAGCUUCAAGAACAUGUGCAAGCUCAAGCCGCUGCUCAACAAGUGGCUGGAGGAGACCGACUCGUCCAGCGGCAGCCCCACCAACCUGGACAAGAUCGCGGCGCAGGGCCGCAAGCGCAAGAAGCGCACGUCCAUCGAGGUGGGGGUCAAAGGCGCACUCGAGAGCCACUUUCUCAAGUGCCCCAAGCCCUCGGCGCACGAGAUCACCGGCCUGGCUGACAGCCUGCAGCUGGAGAAGGAGGUGGUGCGCGUCUGGUUCUGCAACCGGCGGCAGAAGGAGAAGCGCAUGACCCCGGCGGCCGGGGCCGGCCACCCGCCCAUGGACGACGUUUACGCACCGGGCGAGCUGGGGCCGGGCGGGGGCGGUGCGUCGCCGCCCUCGGCGCCCCCGCCGCCCCCGCCGGCCGCACUGCACCACCACCACCACCACACACUGCCCGGCUCGGUGCAGUGA